AUGAGCCAAACAAACAUAGAACCAAAUAAAGAAAACCCUGAAAAACUAAACCCAAACCCCGACCAUAAAAUAGUCGAAGAAAAAAUAACUCGUAAAAACGGAGAAAUAAUAAUGAAAUAAUACAUCAAAGGAAAGCUUUUAGGUAGAGGUGGUUUCGCAAAAUGUUAUGAAAUAACCUCAAUAGAAGGAAAACUAACAUUUGCUGCCAAAAUAAUCCCCAAAAACACUCUAAAAAAAAGCCGUUAACGUCAUAAGCUAAUUCAGGAAAUAAAAAUUCAUAAAAGCCUUUAACAUUAAAACAUAGUAUAAUUCGAACAUGUAUUUGAAGACCAUGAAAAUGUAUAUAUUUUACUCGAAUUAUGUCCAUAUUAAACUUUAAACGAAUUAAUAAAAAGAAGAAAGCGCAUAACGGAAUAUGAAGCAUAAAUAUAUAUAAUGUAAAUGGUAAAUUCUUUAAUACAUUUGCACAACAAAAAAAUAGUCCAUCGUGAUCUUAAACUAGGAAAUCUUUUUUUGGGCAAAAACAUGACUUUAAAAUUAGGUGAUUUUGGCUUAGCAACAAAAAUAGAAUAUGAAGGCGAAAAGAAGACGACAAUAUGUGGCACUCCAAAUUAUAUAGCGCCUGAAAUUCUAGAAGGAAAAGAAGGACAUUCAUAUGAAGUUGAUGUUUGGUCUUUGGGGGUUAUUAUUUAUACACUUUUAAUCGGAAAACCUCCUUUUGAAACUAAAGACGUGAAAUAAACUUAUAAAAGAAUACGCUUAAAUAAAUAUUCUUUUCCUGAAAAUUGCACUAUUUCAGAAUAGGCUAGAUCUCUUAUCGUUUCAAUGCUUAUACUUGAUCCCUCUAAAAGACCUACAAUGGAAUAAAUACUAGAGCAUCCUUUUAUGUCUUGUGUAGAUAAAAAUCCUUAAACUCUACCUGUUUCUUCAUUAUCAGUUCCUUAUAAAGAACAUUAGAACCAAAAUUAGAAUUAGAAUUAAUAAUAAAUAAAUUAAAAUUAAAACAGGUAAACAUAAUCAUUAUCGAAUUUCCGAAAAAGCACUUUAAACGAAAAAAACACUAAUUAAAUUAUCUCUUAAAACACAUCAAAUGUAAAUUAUAAAAGCCAAAAUCAAAAAAACUAAUUCAGAGAAAAUAUACCUCCACCAGAUUUAUAAAACAGAUAAUAAGUAAUUCCCCCUGCUACUGAAGUUUGGGUUGUUUCCUGGGUAGAUUAUUCAAAUAAAUAUGGACUUGGAUAUUGUUUAUGUAACGGUGCCUAUGGUGUUUAUUUUAAUGACUCUUCUAAAAUAAUAUUAGACUCAGGUGAAUGUUAUACUGAAUAUUAUGAAAAAUAAUAAUCAAAAUAAGACGAAAUUAUUUCUUUUAAUAUAAAUAAUUAUCCUUCCUAAUUAAAAAAAAAAGUUACAUUACUUUAGCAUUUUAGGAGUUAUUUAUCUAAAGAAAGAUAAAAUUUUGUUAAUAAUAUUUAGAAAUAAAUAACAAAUUAAGUUUAUGUUAAAAAAUGGAUGAAAACAAAAGAUGCGAUUAUAUUUAGGCUAUCAAAUUAAACUGUACAAGUCAGCUUUUCUGAUAAAACUGAAAUAAUCCUUAAUAGCCAUAAAAAAAUAGUAACUUAUGUAAAUAAAUAAUAAUAAAGACUCAAUUUCCAUCUUUGUUAAUAUUUAAGUUAAUAUAGCUAAGAUAUGUAAAAAAGAAUGAAAUAUACUAAAGAUAUUCUUACUUAAAUGGUUGUUAAAACAAAACCAAAAGAAUAAAUUUUCUAAAAUAAUAUUAACGAAAAUAAAUUAAGUACUCUUAAUUUUUAAUAAAAUAUAAUUCUUAGUAAUAAAAAUUGA